AUGCAGGCCGGCUUCCCCGCAGAUGGUUCGUUGGAGUUGCCCGACCUCUCGCAGCAUUCAAACCUCGUGGCAGAGGUGUUCAGGAAAGAGCCGGGCCUGUACGAUCGAUUGAAAGAGAGGCGCACAAAGCUCGGCACCCGCCUGGCCCGCUGCAUCAAGUCUGCCGUCGACGUGCCCCACAGUGGCGAUGCAUGCUUGUUUGCAGGAGAUGAGGACUGCUUCGAUACUUUCUCAGAGAUCUUCGAUGUGGUCAUUUCUCGGCUACAUGGCUUACUCCCUGCAGGCGAUGUGGUCUGCCCCUCGCCCCCACGUCGAACCUCGAAGUCUGCGUCCCGUGCGGACACCGGGCGGGUAGACCCCAAGCGAUUGGACCCCACUGGGCACACCAUCCACUCGGUUGAGGUCUCCGCCGUGCGGAACCUCCGCGGCUUCCGUUUCCCAGCCGCCAUGGACGCUGCCGAACGUGCGGAGGUGGAGAUGCUCGUCGCCAAAGCGAUCCGGGGCUUAGCCCCGGCUGUGACAGGUGUGUAUUUUCCGCUCCGGCAGUCGACCAGCUACAUGCCCAGACUAGGUGGCAUGGACGAGUUCGAGGAAGCGCGCCUCCAGGCCGCAGGGCUUCACUUCGGCCUGCCCGAGGAUGCGGCGGCGCUGGCCAGUGGAAGCUUUGAUAACUGGCCUCAUGGCCGAGGGGUCUUUGCCUCUGCCGAUCGCGAUUUGGCUGUGUGGACGAACCGCCAGGAGCACCUGACGAUUGUGUCCGUCGCCACGGGCGAUGGCUUGGGCAAAGCCUACAGGAAGCUGGUCAGAGCCCUCGAUGGCCUUGGGCAGAUCAUUCAGCGGGGAAAGCCGGGCGCGGACGAGGCCUUUGCAACGUCGGAGCGCCUGGGCUUCCUGACCUCGGACUUACACCGCCUCGGCGCCGCCCUCCAUGCCAGCGUGCUGCUAAAGCUCCCUCGACUGGCAGCCAUGGAAGCCUCCCAUCCAAGCAGCGCCGCGGGCAGCUGGAGGUCUUGGGCGGGCUUGAGGCGAGUGAAGGUGGAGGCAGUCUCCACUCUGGCUUCCGGUAAGGAGGUGGAGGGCUACUUCCGCAUCUCGAACAUGGACGUCUUCAACGCGACCGACGAGGAGAUCCUAUCGUCUCUGGAAGAGGUGGCCUUUCGUCUGGUGGUCGCCGAGCAACAGAUCACAACGCUCACUGCUGACUCGGACCAGCUGUUCCCAAUCCUCACUUCAGUCCUCUCGGCGGCCGAGGCCCGUGGCGAAAGCCGCACGUCGUUGUUGAGCGUUUUCUCAGGUGUGAUGACGGCGUCGGGGACGGAUGGCGAGGAGUUGACACAGGAAAUGUUGGCCGCGAUGAUGCGCGAGGCGACGCCGCAGGAUGCUUCCCGCCCGGGGCACGUCGAGGAGGAAGAGUUGGGUUCGCUAAAAGACAGGGUGCGGUUGGCCAUGUACUCCAAACUCGAAGACGGCUCUCUUGAUCAGGCCCUGCAGGAGGCAGCGGACACGGCAGGUGCGCAGCACUUCUCUGACCUGCCCCCACCACCACCGCCUCUCGAUGCUUGCGACGACGGGGACAUCGCAAGCCAGUCCAAGGUCGGCUCGUUUGCUGCUGCCCUAGCCUCUGCGUUAAUCAACCACAUGCUUAUGUUCGGCAUGUGCUGCUCCUACGGAAUGAUCAUCUUCAGUGAAGAGCGGAAUGCAGCACAUCGUGCCCUGGGGGUGAAGAUGUGCUUGGCGGCAUCCUUCAUUGGCUCCUUUCUCUUGUUCCCAGACGAAGCAGAAGGAGAGGGUAAGGCCUUGGCCGUGGAAGACGGGGAGGUUUUGUUCUGGACGGAGGAGCAGUGGUGGAAGAUGACCAAUGAGCACCCUUUGAUGAUGCAGGAGAUCUCCAAGGCGGUCAUGCGUCAGCAGGGUGAGCAUCAUUUUCACAGGGACCCAGAGAAGAGGAGGCGAGGAUCAGAGCUGAGCUUGGAAUUCAUCGACACAGACAGGCUCAUGAGACGCGAGGUCUCCCCAUCGGAGGUCGAGACCGUCGGGGGUGACGAUGAGAACUCGGACGAAGAGGAACUUGUGAAGGUAUCCUUCCCGUCCGAAACACCGGAGGAGAGCAACUUAACGCUCUGCAGUCCCAUCAACUUGGGUGAGACCUUUGAGCGUGAGGAGUUGCAGAAGCUUCCCCAGCUGCAGACGAGGAUCAUGGAGAUGCACUUCGCCAAGGCCCUCGGCGAGCAGGGCUUCUUCCGCAACGCCCUUCUGCCGGAGGUGAGCUCAGACGACUACCUCCCCGAUCUUCCAAAGAUGCUCAUCGACGACUUGCGCCUGGCUUACUACACCUUUGCGGAGAAGGGAGAUCAGUCGGGAGACCUUCAGGGAAAGGUCGUCUUACCAGCAAGUCGCGUGAUUGAUGCCUUGCUUUAUGUCGGCAUCUUCCAUAUCUUGGCGGAGGAGGUUAACAAGAAGGACCUCACAUUGGAGGAGUUCCUGCGGCUGGGUCGUGAGUGCCAUCUGGCGCGGCUGCGCCCCGAGCAAAUGGCAAAGAUCGAGGAGCUAUGUCGGUCGCAUGAGCAUGAGGUUCAUGGGCAGAUGCAGCUGCUGGUGGCAGACGUGUCCCAUAUGCUCAAGAUGCUCCUGGGCAUCUACCUGGACUUUGCGAUCAAUGAUGCGGUUUCGGCUGCAUGGGGUCAGGAGACGUUUCCGGACACCCAUGUGACCCACCAGCAGUUUGCGGGGAUCGUCUCCUUUUACGUGAAGCGGCGCGAGCGAGACUGGAAGUUGCUCCAGGGUGUCUUCGACCUCAUGGGGACCGAGACCUUAUCGGGCAGCCUCGACCAGGAGCUGCUUGAGGAGUGCAGGGCACGGCGUUCGGAGGACACUGACGGGGAUGCGACUCCCCACGAGGAGAUGUUAUGGGCGGCAGACUGGAUCCGACGUGGCGAAGGAAGAGGCCUGCACUUGGACACCUGCAGCCUUCUCACCGUCUUCCUGACGAACUUGCAGCGAGGUAAAGGUCGCCUCCCUCCGAAGUCGGCCAUGUCUGAAGAGGAAGUGCGUCCGAAGCGCGCUUGGGACCGACUCCUCCAUUCGGCCAUGAAGAAGAAGGGCACGUUGGCGACCCAGUCCCUCGUCAGCAACAUCGACGUCUCGAAAAAGAUGCUGGUCGAUCAGCCACAAUCCACCUUCGGUGAUAGUCCUGCCUGGGCACAGACAAUCAUUGACCUUUGUGAGAGGCCACAGACAUCAAUUGCAGCUGGAAUCGUGGUCUAUACUUUGCUUGCCUGGACCGUGCUGUCCGUGGUUGCCAUCAUCGUAGAACCGAUGGUUUCUGGACUUGACGAAGACCAGUCGGAGAACGAUCGUCUCUUCUGGCUGGGUUGCGACAUGUUCUUCGCCGGCAUCUUUACGAUCGAGAUACUUCUCAGGAUCGUCGCGCGGUGUGCAUUGCAGCCAGGAUGGAGAACGCUUUUCAAUUUUUUCUCACAACCUUUGAACAUCCUGGAUGCCAUAGCCGUGAUGGAGAUCUAUUUCGACCAUCUGCUGCAUCAGCCGGUCCUGAGGCUGUUCAUCCUGGAGCGCUUUGCCCGCCUCGCGCGGGUAAUGAGGCUUUGCAAAUUCAAGCAGUACGGGUGCCCCAUGGUUGCGCCGCUGACAGCAGUGCUGGUGGUGAUCAUGGGCACCUAUUUGCUGAACCUUGAGGGUAUUAUUGAAUAG